GAAGCACCACAGUGGACUUGUUCUCAAGUCUGAUUGGCCAGAUCAGGGAAAUAUGCACUGUCCUGAACCAAUCACUGGUGAUGAAAGGACCUGCCACCGGAGUUCUGCUACUACACAGGAUGAAGAGAGGUGCUCUGAGGUCGCUUGUUGGGGAAGGAGAAGAGUCCAGGAGGGGUCGGACGGACUUGGGCGGGUCUUUCCUGGAACGAGGGCCAAAGAGUCGCAGCGGCGGCCCAGAUGCAGAGGACCACAGCGACACCUGGCUCUUCUUCAAGCGGCGUCCGAAGGCGGCCUUCCAGCGACUCAAAGGAGUUUAAGGGGACCUGCAGGGGCGUGGCGGGGGCGUAGCUGCGCGCCGACUGCGUGAGGUCGAAGGGCACGCAGUGUCGGCGUCAUGGCGGCCUCCGUGCAAGGCUCUGCUUGGGGACCGUUGCGGGUUGGCAUCCCCGGCCUGUGCUGCCGCCGGCCGCCUCUGGGUCUGUACGCGCGCGUGCGGCGGCUGCCCGGGCCGGAGGUGUCUGGGCGGAGCGUGGCUGCGGCCAGCGGACCGGGCACCUGGGGCACUGACCACUACUGCCUGGAGCUGCUGCGGAAACGGGAUUAUGAAGGUUAUUUAUGCUCCCUGCUGCUCCCUGCAGAAUCCCGAAGCUCUGUUUUUGCACUGAGGGCUUUUAAUGUGGAACUGGCUCAGGUUAAAGACUCAGUCUCUGAGAAAACAAUUGGACUGAUGCGAAUACAGUUUUGGAAAAAAACCGUGGAAGAUAUAUACUGUGACAAACCACCACAUCAGCCUGUGGCCAUUGAACUAUGGAAGGCUGUUAAAAGACAUAAUCUGACUAAAAGAUGGCUUAUGAAAAUCAUUGAUGAAAGAGAAAAAAAUCUAGAUGAUAAAGCAUAUCGUAAUAUCAAGGAACUGGAAAAUUAUGCUGAAAACACACAGAGCUCUCUUCUUUACUUAACACUAGAAAUAUUGGGUAUAAAGGAUGUUCAUGCAGAUCAUGCUGCAAGUCAUAUUGGAAAAGCACAAGGCAUUGUCACUUGCUUGAGAGCAACACCGUAUCAUGGGAGCAGAAGAAAGGUGUUCCUUCCCAUGGAUAUUUGUAUGCUGCAUGGUGUUUCACAAGAGGACAUUCUACGGAGGAACCGAGAUAAAAAUGUGAGAGAUGUAAUAUAUGACAUUGCCAGUCAGGCACACUUGCACCUAAAGCAUGCUAGGUCCUUUCACAAAAGUGUUCCUGUGAAAGCAUUUCCUGCUUUUCUUCAGACGGUUUCUCUAGAGGACUUUCUAAAGAAAAUUCGGCGAGUGGAUUUUGAUAUAUUCCACCCAUCUUUACAGCAGAAGAAUACAUUACUUCCAUUAUAUUUGUAUAUUCAGUCAUGGAGAAAAAUAUAUUAAAAUAAUUUCAUGGCACUGAUGUUAAUUCUAGUCUAUUAGUUUUAUAAAAGUUAGGGUUCUUAUUUAGGAACAACAGGAAGUGACUGUUAAGGAGAAAAUGAAUUUAUUGGAUGGGAUGUCAAGUAGCUCACAAAACUGAUGAGAAGUUGCCAUGGGACUAGGGUGCCAAGACUGCUGAGAUUCUGGCAGAGGCACUGCCAUUGGCACCACCACCCCACACAGUGUCUGCUGUGCUGUCCCUGGAAGCUGGAGCUCCAACAGGAAUAUCGGUUUAGCUGUACAUAGGCCAUAAGCCACACUUGAGCCAGCGGGCAGGGAGAGGGAAUGUCAUCCUCCCUUCACCACUGGGGAAGGAAAGGGGAAAGGGCUCAAGUUAUCAUAGGGGCUUACAUGCUGAGCAGCUAUAACCUAGGUGUUCAGAACAGCUGGAAGAUGCAUUUAUUUAGGGGUCAUAAAGAGUGAAAUUAAUAUUUGAGGAGGAUCAGUCACAUGUUGUGGGCUUUAUAUCCCUAACAUUUAAUUUUUACAAUCUUGUGUAAACAUUUAUCCAUGAUAAUAAUGUGACUUCUUUAAGGUCAGAGUGGCUGGCAAAAGCUAGAGCCUUAAUUUGAUUUUAGCUCUGGCUGAUCUGGAAGCUUUUACUUUUUUAUUAAUCCCACUGCCUCACUCUGUCAUUCAGCAUUAUGAUCGUGAAUAAAACUGUAUUGACAAAGUUUGUAUAAGUAAUAUUAACAGUAUUGUAUUGAACAUCCAUUUAAGGGUUGCUACACUUUA